AUGGGUGUUCUAGUUACCACAACAGUUAAGAAAGAAGGAGGCUCGUCUUCCAUAAAGUGUCCGAUGUUAACCGCAACCAAUUACACCGUAUGGGCAAUACGGAUGAAGAUGUUGCUUAGGGUUCAUAAGGUGUGGGAAGUGGUCGAGCAAGAAUCAACCAACGAUGACAAGAAUGAUAUGGCGUCGGCGCUCUUGUUUCAAUCUAUCCCGGGGAACAUGAUCCUACAAGUGGGAGGACUUGAUACCGCAAAGAAGGUAUGGGAAGCGAUCAAAACUCGCCAUGUGGGAGCUGAUAGGGUGAGAGAGGCACGACUUCAAACCCUCAUGACUGAGUUCGAGCGACUAAAGAUGAAAGAAACUGAUAAGAUCGAUGACUUUGUGGGCAAACUAUCGGAGAUAUCAUCGAAGUCAGCUGCACUGGGAGAGAGUAUGGAGGAAGCUAAACUUGUGAAAAAAUUCCUGCAAGGCUUACCACGCAAGAAGUAUAUUCAUAUAGUUGCUUCUCUUGAACAACUAUUGGAUUUAAACACCACAGGUUUUGAAGACGUUGUCGGUCGCUUGAAAGCAUACGAGGAACGAAUUUCUGCGGAAGAAGAAGAGGAUACACAAGAAAGCCAGAGCAAGCUUAUGUAUAGCAAUACAGAGACCCAAACUUAUCGCGGUACAGAGUAUAGAGGACGUGGUCGAGGUGGUCAAUACUAUGGCAGAGGAAGAGGACGCGGUAGGUCUUAUUGGGAAAAUAGAGACGCCUCCAGGAUCACAUGCUACCGAUGUGACAAAGUGGGACACUUUGCUGCUACAUGUCCAGAUAGACUACUCAAGCUACAAGAAACAACUGAAAGCAAGAACGGAGAUGAUACUCAUGAAGCCGAUGGGCUUAUGAUGCAUGAAAUUGUCUAUCUCAACGAGCGAAACGUAAAGCCCAAGGAGUUUGAUUCCAGUACUGAUGGUGACAGAAUAUGGUACUUAGACAACGGAGCAAGUAACCAUAUGACUGGAAAUAGAAGUUAUUUCAGAUCCAUUGAUGAAACAAUCACUGGAAAAGCACCAAGGUCCAGGAACAGAUUAUAUAAAGUUAUAAUGGAGAUAGAAGAACGCAAGUGCUUGCAAGUUGAGAUUAAGAAUGAUUACUCACGCUGGCAUGCACGCUUAGGACAUCUUGGAGCCGAUGCAAUGAAGUCAAUGGUAGGGAAGGAGCUCGUCACCGGUUUUCCCAAGAUCAAAGUCGAGAAGGAGACUUGCGAUUCUUGCUUACGUGCAAAGCAAACAAGACAGCCGUUUCCAGCGUCUACCACCUAUCGUGCAUCUUCUGUUCUAGAACUCGUGCACGGUGAUUUAUGUGGACCGAUAACACCACCCACCGCAGGAAGAAGCAGUGCGCAUGCUAAGGUAGAGACAGGGAACUUGAAGAAAUUGGAUCAUAGGUCUCGUCCCGUUGUAUAUCUUGGAACAGAGCCCGGCUCUAAAGCAUACAGGUUAUUCGAUCCCACGGUACAAAGAAUAGUCGUUAGCAGAGACGUUGUUUUUGAGGAAAGCAAAGCAUGGGAAUGGAAUAAGAGUGGUCGAGAUAUAACAGAGAAACCAGGAUCAUUCGAAGUAGUACUUGGAGAUCAUGAAAAACAAGAGAAUGAAGGAGAUAAUAAUACAGACAGCAACGUCUCCGAGAACCAAGACGCAGCCGAAGAAGAUAACAACGAAACUACAGAUGAAGAAACAGAAGAGUUUCAACCGAAAAGGUCAACCAGAAUCAGAAAGAAGCCAGCUUACCUAGAUGACUACAUCUAUCUCGCCGAAGUGGAAGGAGAAUGUCUCCUACUCCUUUUAAAUGAAGACCCAUGGGAUUUUGAAAGCGCAAAGGGGGAGAAAGUAUGGCGUGAUGUAUGUAAAGAAGAGAUCAAAUCAAUUGAGAAAAACAAAACUUGGGAUCUUGUUGAUCUACCACCAGGAGCUAAACCUAUUGGUUUAAAAUGGAUAUUUAAGAUUAAAAGGAACGCAGAUGGGAGCAUAAACAAGUACAAAUCAAGACUGGUGGCUAAAGGAUAUAUUCAACGGCACGGUAUUGAUUUCGAGGAAGUGUUCGCGCCCGUGGCACGCAUUGAAACCGUCAGGUUUAUCAUUGCACUAGCAGCUUCACGAGGAUGGGAGAUUCACCACUUAGAUGUCAAGACCGCGUUCCUUAAUGGAGAUCUAAAAGAAGUAGUAUUUGUAAGCCAACCCGAAGGCUUCAAAGUUAAAGGUCAGGAGCAUAAGUCUUUACUUUCUGGAGCUGAGUUUGCCUGA